UGAGUGCUCUACUGUUACAACACUCCAUUCAACUCUGAAACUGCAGUGACAAAGGAGCCAUGGAGGCGGCGACUUUUGCUUCAGCUACUUCGCGGAUGCUAACGCUAAAAUCUCGUUCAAAUUCGUCGUCUCUUUUCCCCAUUCCCUCUGCUUCUUGCUCUCUCCAUUUUCUACGCUCUAAGCCUGCCGGAGAACCUCUCAAAUUUGAAACUUCCAGAAGCUGCUCCGUCCGCGCCUCCGCUUCCGGCGACGGAGUGGUCACUCUGCUUGAUUACGGUGCCGGGAAUGUCCGGAGCGUGAGAAAUGCAAUUCGCUACCUCGGCUUUAAUAUUAAAGAUGUUCAGACUCCAGAGGACAUCAUGAAUGCAAGACGCCUUAUAUUUCCUGGUGUAGGUGCAUUUGCUGCUGCCAUGGAUGUGUUGAACCAGAGAGGGAUGGCUGAGGCUCUUUGCAGUUACAUUGAGCAAGAUCGCCCAUUCUUAGGCAUUUGUCUUGGACUUCAGCUACUCUUUGAGUCAAGUGAGGAGAAUGGACCGGUGAAAGGCCUUGGCUUGAUUCCUGGCAUAGUUGGAAGAUUUGACUCAUCAAAAGGUUAUAGCGUACCUCAUAUUGGCUGGAAUGCUCUUCAAAUAACAGAAGACUCUGACAUUUUGGAUGAUAUAGGAAAUCGACAUGUGUAUUUUGUGCAUUCUUACCGUGCAAUGCCGUCAGAUGAUAACAAAGAUUGGAUAUCUUCUACCUGCAAUUAUGGCGACAAGUUCAUUGCAUCAGUAAAAAGAGGAAAUGUUCAUGCUGUCCAAUUUCACCCAGAGAAGAGUGGAGCUGUUGGCCUUUCCAUCCUGAGAAGGUUCUUAUAUCCAAAUAACGAGUUGACAAAGAAGCCAGUCCAAGGGAAGGCCUCUAAACUUGCAAAGAGGGUUAUUGCAUGCCUUGAUGUGAGGACUAAUGACAAAGGUGAUCUCGUUGUGACCAAAGGUGACCAAUAUGAUGUAAGAGAGCACACAGAGGACAAUGAGGUGCGAAAUCUUGGAAAGCCGGUAGAACUUGCUGGGCAGUAUUACAAAGAUGGAGCUGAUGAGGUUAGCUUUUUAAACAUUACAGGUUUCCGUGACUUCCCUCUUGGCGAUUUGCCAAUGUUGCAGGUACUGAGAUAUACAUCAGAGAAUGUUUUUGUACCACUAACAGUUGGUGGAGGCAUUCGUGAUUUUACUGAUGGAAAUGGAAGAUACUAUUCCAGUUUGGAGGUUGCUUCAGAAUAUUUUAGAUCAGGGGCAGAUAAGGUUUCAAUUGGAAGUGAUGCAGUUUAUGCUGCCGAAGAAUUUCUGAAAACUGGAGAAAAAACUGGGAAGAGCAGUCUAGAGCAGAUCUCAUGGGUUUAUGGUAAUCAGGCUGUGGUUGUUAGCAUUGAUCCUCGGAGGGUCUACGUGAAGGAUCCAGAUACUGUGAAAUUCAAGACCAUCCCAGUUAGAAAGCCAGGUCCAAAUGGAGAAAAAUAUGCCUGGUAUCAAUGCACGGUCAAUGGUGGUCGUGAAGGUCGACCGAUUGGGGCAUAUGAGCUUGCUAAAGCCAUCGAGGAACUUGGAGCUGGGGAAAUCCUAUUAAAUUGUAUUGACUGUGAUGGUCAAGGGAAAGGAUUCGAUAUAGAUCUGGUGAAGUUAAUCUCAGAUGCUGUUAGCAUCCCAGUGAUUGCAAGCAGCGGGGCUGGAGCAGCAGAACACUUUUCAGAAGUUUUUAACCACACAAAUGCAUCUGCUGCGCUUGCUGCUGGCAUUUUCCACAGAAAAGAGGUGUCUAUUCAGUCUGUUAAAGAGCAUCUAUGCGAAGCAGGGAUUGAGGUUAGAAUUUAGCUGGAUUAUGCCAUACCAGCUGGAGAUGCGGUAAUUUUAUAUGCGCUAGCAUGGGAAUUACCCAACUCAUGUAACUCGGCAAAAUGCCCCUAAACCCGUACGCAAAGUUUGUGUUCCAAUUCGACUUUUUGACUUCAUUAUCAUCUAUGUAUAACUUUAAGUAAAAUCUUGUAUAAUGAGCAACAUGGUGGUUUUCGAUUUUGUGCUUC